UUUCUCUUCCUUUUCGAUACUUUUUCGCAGAGGAAGUUGCAUUCUGAAGAGUUUCCCUUUCCUGCUUACUCGUAUAUAUAUUUAUCGUCUCUUCGCAUGAUCUGUGAGCUGACAGGUUAAUUAAUUGCUAGGAACAGCUGUUGGAGGGGUCCAUUGUCAUGAGAGCAAGCUCGACAGGGCGGAGAUUGACUCACAAUGUCGACUCCACCGCGGCCGAUAAAGGCUGGCAACAGCAGACAUGGCUCAAUUGCACGAUCGCCAUUCAGCACCUCGUAUCUCUCCGCCUCCCCAAUCGCCCACGAAUCCAUAGAGCGCGAUCUCGCCGAGUGCAGUGACGAUGAGGUCGAGACGCCAGAUUCCCCGAGCUCUGAAGACGAGUCCUCAGAGUCCUCGACUAUUCGCCCAGACGCACUUCAGCACUCGUUCUCCAAUACGUACAGGAGGCCGAGUUUCGUGGCUUUUGGCGGGACGAGACCCGCGAUUACCCCGGGCCCGGCAGAGGGGAAGUAUCUGUCGAAGAAGGAGAAGAAGCAGUCGAGGAAUGAGGAGAGAAGUUUGUUGAGGGAUAACCAUCUUGCGCCCCCAAAACAUCCUGAACCGCCGAAACGGAGUGCGUUUAAUCGGUUGUAUAGGCGGUUAUUCAGCACCAAAAUUUCAAAGAGAGACGAAGAAGCGCCACCGGAACCGAUUUUCACUGCUGAGCCGUCAGAGACGUCAGCGCUGUUGGGAGAGUCGGCGAGAACGCAUCAUGAGCGGUUAAAUGCUCAAUGGGAAGCUGCUGUUGCGGCAGGCAAGAUUAAGACGACGUGGCAGCGGGAAGCGAAGACGCUGUGGGGAUACUCGAGUCCUUUGGUUGUGACGUUUAUCUUGCAAUAUUCGCUUACUGUUGCGAGUAUAUUUACUGUUGGCCAUUUAGGAAAGGUGGAACUUGGGGCUGUUUCUUUGGCUAGUAUGACGGCGAAUAUUACUGGAUAUGCUAUUUAUCAGGGACUGGCAACGAGUCUGGAUACUCUCUGUGCUCAGGCGUACGGAUCAGGGAAGAGACAUCUCGUUGGAUUGCAGCUGCAGAGGAUGGUAUGCUUUCUGUGGGUUUUGACGAUCCCGAUUGGUAUCAUCUGGCUUUCUGCUGAGAAGAUCUUGGAGAUGAUCGUGCCGGAGAAGGAAUCUGCGCAAUUCGCGGGUCUCUAUUUGAGGAUUUUGUUGAUCGGGGCUCCAGGGUAUGCUGCCUUUGAGAGCGGGAAGAGAUUCGUACAAGCUCAGGGAUUGUUUUCUGCUACUACUUAUGUUCUCCUUAUUGCUGCACCCCUCAACGCCUUUAUGAAUUGGCUUUUUGUGUGGCAGUUCAAGUGGGGCUUUGUUGGAGCUCCUGUUGCUGUAGUUGUCACGGAUAAUUUGCUACCGUUAUUGCUGUUCUUAUAUGUCAGGUUUGUAGAUGGUCGGCAGUGUUGGAAUGGGUUCACGAAACGUGCUUUCCAUAACUGGGGUCCAAUGGUCAAACUUGCACUUCCUGGUCUUCUUAUGGUUGAAGCAGAGUUCCUAGCUUUCGAAAUCCUUACUCUGGCAUCCAGCUAUUUUGGAACCACACACUUGGCAGCUCAGAGCAUCCUCAGUACUCUGACAGCUCUCACCUUCCAAAUCCCAUUCCCAAUCUCCAUCGCAGCUUCCACGCGUGUUGCAAACCUGAUAGGGGCAACGCUCACAGAUGCAGCAAAAACAAGCGCCAAAGUGGCAAUGUGCGCCGCCACAAUCGUCGGCGUCUUCAACGUCGUCCUCCUCUCCUCUAUGCGCUUCUACAUCCCGCAACUGUUCACUAACGACCAAGGCGUCAUCGACCUCGUGGCCUCCGUGCUCCCUCUCUGCGCAGCCUUCCAACUCUUCGAUGCCUUAGCCGCGAACUGCAAUGGUUUGCUUCGCGGUCUUGGGAGACAGGAGAUUGGAGGUUGGGUGAACUUGUUUUGCUAUUAUGUGGUGGCGAUGCCGAUUUCUUUUGGGACGGGAUUUGGGUUGGGGUGGGAGUUGUAUGGGCUGUGGAGCGGGGUUGCGUUGGCUUUGGGAUUGGUUGCGGCAUUGGAAGGCUUCUUUAUUUAUCGUGCUGAUUGGGACCAAGCGGUCGAGGAUGCGCAGGAUAGGAAUGCAGCGGGGUAAAAAGGUAACAUUUUUAUGCUUAUUUGGUUGGCUAUGGCUAUAUUUAUGUUCAUGAGGAGAUAUUUGAUUCGUACCCGGGACUUAGAGUUGGAACUUAGCUGUGAUCUGCUCUACAAAAUUACGAAAAUGGAGAGAUGUUCUUGACUGAAGCUCUUCGAGGGCUAACCUCCCCCGUGAGGUUUAUUCUUCCUUGACGCAGGAAGUAUAUUCUCUAGUGUUUUAAUAGUUCUAGAAUGGCGAG